AUGGAACUCAAGGACACCCCCAACGAGAUCCUUAACCUUAUCAUUGGCCACUUGGUCGAACUGAUUGACCUCAGCCAUGCCGAUGAUACUCGGGAAAUCCAUAGGGACCUUCUCUCCGCCCGCCUCGUUUGCCGACAAUGGAACUCCCUAGCAACUGGGCACCUGUAUCAUACCCUAAAGCUAGCUCCUGCAGGAACCGUCGACGAUAACGAGGAUGUAUUCAAAGACUGGAAUACGAUUCUCGAUCUCGACGCCGCCCGGAAUGCUGCCCAACGCGUCAUCAUCCAGAGCUGUCCUGGGGAACUAUCGACGAACAUGGAUUACGGGGACUGGAAAGGGUGGAAAGACGGAGAACACCCUGCCUUUACUUCGGCCAUUCGUCGCAUCACACAGCUGCCCAACGUCAAAGCUAUCGAAGUGCACUUCAGCAAGAAUUGCAAGGGCCAAAUUGGAGGCUGGGACGACGACUUUGAGCCCACCGAGACCCGCCUACUAACACUCAAGGCAGUCUUCGAAGCCAUUCGGGAACGUGCGGCGCACUCCGACGCUGGAUUCAGGUGCCCCAUUCGAUCGUUGACGAUUCGAAAUCUUCAAAACAUGCCGCAUCAAGAAUUCAUCGACUCUAUUCUUUUCAAAGACGUUGCCAAGAAGGUCGACGGCCUACACCUUUUAAUCACAGAGGAGCACAACGAAGACGGUCCCGACCAUGACUUCUUCGUCCACGAGCGCCUAGUGUACGAAAGCCACUUGCAGACACAAAUUCUUCCCCACUUCGAGGCCAACCUCACUGCCUUGACCUUGAGUUUCCAAGAUCCUUGGGGCACCAUGCCGGGAUAUUUUGACGGAGCAGGCCUGAGGUUUCGUUAUCUCAAGACCCUGAACCUGGCCAACUUCGUCAUCAGUAACAACUACCAUUUCGACUGGGUUCUCUCACAGACCGCGUUGACAACUCUGCGUUUGGACAGCUGUUUUAUUCUUUCCUACAUCCGCACUAACACCACAUACACCAAGAAAUGGAGUCUCCACACUCAAGACUGGCAUCAUUUGCCCAUCGGCUCGUACGACUUCUCUGACGACGAUGACGACCUGUACAGCUUCGAUGGCACAUGGGAGACUAUCUUUGACAGUAUUUGCGACAACCUCCUCUAUCUCCAAGACUUUCGCUUUGAGGAAACUGGCAAUGGACUUAACUUCCUCCGUCCGUCGAGAAUUGGGACCGUGCUGUAUCCGAAUCGAUACACUACUUUCGACAUAGGACUCCUUCCUAGUCCUUGGAUUGAGUCAGAUAGGGUCACUGGUGAGAUGGAGUUUGGGGACAAUGAUCCGAGCGUCGCUGAGGAAGGCAAUGAUGAUCGGGUCAGAAGUAACCUGAACCGCUCCGAAGAGACGAAGCAGGGCGACACCAGGGCAUUCAGAGAUCUUCUCCAAGCUUGCCGUGAAAAUGCUGAUUAG